GGCCUCCGUGGCCCUUGGAGCUUUCGGUUCCGCUUUGGCCAGCAUCUGAAGGAGAAGACUGCGUCGCCUCGAGGCUCCAAGCAGUGUCUGCAGAAUCUAAUCAAGGUUACCGGGCAGCUGGGGAGUUUCUCUGGCCUUUCAGGGCUAAAUAGGCCGUGUUGCGGCCCUUUCCUUCCUCCUGCUGCCCUCGUCAGCAACAGGAACAGCAGCAGUUGUUGGAGCCGGCUCAUCUGCUCGCGUUGCCAGAUGCACUCAGCGAGACAUCUUCCUUCAACUAUGGCAGCAAAACUUUCACAGUUCUGGAAAGCAUCUGCCCGAAAGGAGGGUGAGGGCAAGCUGAUCUUACCCAGACCAAAGGGUGCUGAAGGCGAAAUUGCUGGCUAUGCUAGCAUCAACGGAGAAGACCCUGCUCUGCCCUGUGUGGGUACUGGAAGUCGAAGCUGUGUCAACUGCCCAACGUGCCAGGGAACUGGGAGGAUCCCCAGGGAGCAAGAGAAGCAGCUGGUGGCCCUGAUUCCAUAUGGUGACCAGAGGCUGAAGCCUAGACGAACGAAACUCUAUGUGUGUCUUGCUGUGACGAUCUGCCUGCUGACGACAUCUCUCAGCGUCUUCUUCCUCUUUCCUCGCUCCAUCACCGUGCUGCCCGCUGGAUUGAAUGCCUCCUCCAUUGGCUUUAACGCCGCCACCACCAGUAUUUCUCUCAACAUGACUAAUGUACUGAACAUAACUAAUAACAACUUCUACCCAGUCACUGUUGUGCAGCUGGACAUAGAAGUUUUACACCAGACCCUGGUAAUAGGGAAGACUACCAUGAAAACCUUGCUGAAUAUCAGCCCUUUGCAGAGUAGCCAGAUCUAUUAUAUGGUGGCCAGUAGGCUGCUGGACAACAAUACCUAUAACAUCUGCACCUGGACAAAAAUCAAAGUCCACAAUGUUCUGCUGCAUAUACAGGGCACUCUGACCUGCACGUACUUGUGCCACUCGGAGCAGCUGGCUUUUGAAAACUACCAGUACGUGGACUGCCGUGGGAAUGCCACCCUACCGCACCUACUGCAGCGCCUGCUGCUGUGACCAGCCGGGCUGGCAGAGCCCUCAGGAGCCUCACAAGGGCAGCUCGCAGGCAGACCACGCUCUGGGGCUUCUUUUCAGUUCACGACAUACGCAGGAGACUUCGUGCCUUCCUGGGAUGAGGCCUUGUCUCCUGUGCAGAGAUGCUCGGCUCUAUGAACGUGGAAUAGACUGCCCUCGGCCUUGCAGCUUCCCUUCGUGCCUCGGUGUGGCUGCCUGCCCCUGCAGCAGUGACCAGUGCCUGGAUGUCUGUGCUGGCCCAUCAGAACAGGCUGCGCUCCUCCUGAUUCACCGCUGCGCUUGGAGCCAGUGCCCCGUUAAUCAAACUUACUCCAGUUGUUUCCUCCUUGUGUAACUUUGUACUUCUAUUCUGAAUACAAGUGUCUCGCAGCUUGCAGAAGGAGGACUGUGGUGAGACUCUCUGGCAGGGUUGCAUCCCUGUCACCAGUGUCCAGCGCUGUUUGCACAGCCUGCUCUGUGAGCCCAGGAAACAGGACUGAUGUCUCUCUGUCACUGGCUCUUAAAUCAUCAACUGCAUGUCAUGCUAAAACACCUCUGAGUGUGACUCUUGGGUGGCCGUUCUGUUGAGCAGUCUGGUGUAGGAACAAGAAUGCACUGUCUUGAUUUUAAAUAUGUAUUUUUAAGAGCAGCUCAUUUACUGGCUGUUUUGUGAGAGAUUUUGGAGUUUUUCUUUUGUUGAUGUUUUUGGUUUGGUUUGGUUUUUGGUCUAAAGCUGUAAAGCAACCGCAUAACCCAAUGAACUUCAUGGGAGUAAUAGCCCAGGCAGCCUUCCCCCCUCCCAGGGUCAGGCAUGUGGCAGUUGUAUCCCUCACAUGAUAGAUGGGUGGCCCGUGCCUGGGGUUCCAGUCUAGCUAGUGCUGAUGCCUUCUGGCUGCUGAGCCUGGGAGUAACAGGGCUGAACUUCCUUAUUCAAAAGCGGUUCAGCAUUUUCCUGUACCRAUUCUCUCCUUUGGGGGAAUCAUAUGUUAGAAUAGUUGAAACUAUUUUGGACCCUUACUCAAAAACAUGCUUCCCAACCCAGCACUUCUUAUAGAGCUGUAGCAGGGUGUUUCUUAUCACUGUAUCAUCUGUUGAGAUUGUCCUGAACUGGUAACCAGUCAGGCAAUGCCCUCCAACAGGGCUGAGGAAGCUCCACGUGCCAUGCUGGAGUUGUCACGAGUGUGCAUUAGGUUUUGUAUUGCUGUAUUGUUGCUUCUACCACACGCUCCCAACCUCUGCUGUUGAGUUUCCAGCUGUGCUGCUCCAGCACUGUUAUGUACUUCUAACACUGUUAUGUUAUGUGCUGUUAUGUACUUGCACCAUCUCCCUCUGUUCACAAAUAA